AUGGCAGACAUGGAUGAGAAAGCUGCAACCAUGGAACAGCAGGAGGUCUUCGAUCAGGCCAAAGCGGCAGCCGACGAGGAGCACGAAAUGACGUUACCCCAAGCCAUGCGUAAAUAUCCCAAGGCUGUGCUCUGGUCGGUACUGCUAUCCACUUGCAUCAUCAUGGAAGGAUACGACAUCGUCCUGAUGAGCUCCUUCUUCGCACAACCAUCCUUCUCGCGAAAAUACGGGGAAUUCAACGAAGGUACUGGGACAUACGAGAUAACGGCAUCAUGGCAGAAUGGACUCAGCAAUGCCGUGAGCGUAGGUACAAUCAUCGGAGCGUUUGCCAAUGGGUACUUCAUCCAUCGAUACGGUUAUCGUCCGGUCUUGCUGGUGUCGAUUGCGGCUAUAUGUGCAUUAAUCUUCAUCUCCUUCUUCGCGCCUAAUGCUCCCGUCCUCCUCGUUGGCCAAUUCCUUUGCGGUAUACCGUGGGGUGUAUUCGCUACCAUGGCACCUGCCUACGCCAGCGAGGUCUGCCCACUAGCUUUGCGAGGUUACCUGACAGUAUAUGUCAAUCUUUGCUGGGCGUUUGGCCAGCUCAUCUCCGCUGGAGUACAAUCAGCAUUCUCCGGCAAUACUACGCAAUGGGCAUACCGCAUACCCUUUGCCAUCCAAUGGGCCUGGCCUAUUCCUCUCUUUGCGAUCCUCUGGAUGGCACCCGAGUCUCCGUGGUACCAUGUUCGCACCGGCAACCUCGACAUGGCCGAGAAGAUGAUCACACGCCUUUCGUCCUCAUCGCAACGACACCUUGCCAAGCAGAAGGUAGCCAUGAUGGUUCGUACGAACGAGUUGGAGAAGUCUCUUGAGGAAAAUACGUCGUAUCUCCAAUGCUUCAAGGGCAUCGACCGCCGUCGCACCGAGAUCGCAUGUAUGGUUUUCGCGGCACAGCCUAUCUGCGGCUCGGUCAUGGGCGGUACACCGACCUACUUCUUCGUUCAAGCCGGAGUACCAAACUCGAUCUCAUUCAAGAUGUCCGUUGGCGGCCUCGGUAUGGCAUCUGUCGGCACACUCGUGUCCUGGGUUCUCAUGAGUUACAUCGGUCGUCGAAAGCUCUACCUCUGGGGACUUGGUGGGCUGGCGACCAUCCUCUUCAUCGUCGGUUUCAUCAGUGUGGGUGCCGGUGACUCCGCCGGCGGCAACUAUGCACAAGCUGCCAUGAUGAUCGUCUGGCUCUUUUGGUACUACAUGACCGUCGGUCCUAUCUGUUAUGCCAUUGUCGGAGAAGUCUCUUCCACACGUCUUCGCAGCAAGACUGUGUGUCUAGCACGCAUCACGUACUAUAUCGCGCAGAUUCUUACCAACGUCAUUAACCCAUAUAUGUUAAAUCCAACUGCCGGCGACUGGAAGGGCAAGACUGGUUUCUUCUGGGGCGGAGGAGCGCUUCUCUUCUUCAUUUGGGCGUUUUUCCGUCUCCCGGAGACUAAAGGACGGACUUAUGAGGAGCUGGAUAUUAUGUUUGCUGAAGGAAUUCCUGCAAGGAGCUUUGCAAAACAUACUAUUGAUGCGUAUGCUCAUGGAGGUUAUGCUGAUCGGAAGGGUUCUGGGGAUGAACAUGUUGAGUGA